UUAAAAAAAUAAAAAUAAUACAACAAACGAUUAUACGUAUUGAUAAUAUAAUGCAUUAUUUGCUAUGCUUCUUUCUAGUAGAUAAAAAUAAUAACUUAAACGGAUAGAUCUUGAGAAAAUUCUUUUUAAAAAUACGAUAAAAAAAAUAGAGAUAGCCGCGGGCAAUUGAGUGAGAGUGUCGUUAUUGGAAUGCCACGACAAAGAAUUUCUUUGACAUUAUAUUCCGUAGUGAGAUUAAAAUUGCCUACAACUUUUACAAGUUGAAGUUUUUUUUUAACAGAUUAAAAUAGGUUACAACACGUUCUUGUCUGAAUCAAUUAAAUUGCGAAUUAAAAUGAAUUUACAACAGGAUAUUCAUCAUACAGAAGGAGAAAUUGAAUUGUUUAAUAAAAAUAUAUUGGAACGAUUAACACUACCGCAUAUUGAAGGUUUACUGAUGAGACCUCUUAGAUCUACUGAUUAUGAUAAAGGAUUUUUAGAACUUUUGGCACAAUUAACAGAAGUAGGAAAAGUAAAUAAAGAACAAUUUCUAAAUAGGUUUCAAAGUAUGAAAAAUACAGGGAUUUAUUAUAUCAUUGUUAUAGAAGAUGUAAAUAAUACUAUGGUAAUUGGAAGUGCAACUUUGAUAUCAGAGCAAAAAUUUAUUCAUAACUGUGCAUUGCGUGGACGUUUGGAAGAUGUGGUUGUGAAUAAUAAUUAUAGAGGUAAACAUUUGGGUAAAUUACUUGUUAAUGUUAUUUUGCAAUUAGCUCGUUAUUUACAUUGUUAUAAAAUAUCUUUGGAUUGUCGAGAUAAUCUCAUACCAUUCUAUGAAAGUUUAGGUUUUAAGAGAGAACCUAAUAAUGCAAAUAGUCUUAAUAUAAGAUUCUCAAAUGAAAAUACAGCAGAACAAUCUCACUUGUGAACAAAGGUUCACAAAUUAUUGGUUUAUUUAAUAAAAUGUAAAAAUAUUAAUUUUUUGGUAAUUAUCGCAUUUAUCACAUAAGCAUUAAACUGUUACAAUCAAAAAAAUUAAAAAUCAUAAAUUGUAAUUGUAAUUCUAUUAUUAUAUUAUACUUAUGAAAUUAAAUUUAUUAUGUAAUAGCGAAUUAUAUGAUAUAAGAAUAUUAAUAAACAUAAUAUACAUAUAACAGCUGCAUAUAUUUAUAUAUGUAUAUAGAAAUUUAAUAAAAAAAAAAAAUAAUU